AUGGCAACUGAGGAAGUACCCAAAGAAUCGUCCACCUCCAAGAGCGGUGCUGAUGCUGAAAUUUUCCAACUUGAAGCACUUUCCUUAAAUUACCUACGAAGUCAAAAUAUUUCAGUAAUUCCUGAUAGUGACCGCAUUCCAAAACUUCACCCGUGUAAACUCUGUAAUAAAUCCAUACUUAAUUUCCGAUUCGAAGCAUUUACAAUACUAGCUUGUGGCCAUAUACCACACCGUUUGUGUAUCGAGAAACAUAUUAUGCAAGGAGGGGUGCGAAGACCUUCAUGCCCAAUCU